AUGGUUGCCGAAAAAUUUGGUCCGCAUCACAAGACAAUUCUUAAUGGGAAAAAUAUCGACGCCAUUUACGAGCUCUGGGGAGUCAGCUACGCCGUAGAAAUCGAACUCCCCGAGGAUGAUGAGAUUCCGGAGAAUGGGUACUGUGGAGCUUACGCGUCUCAUUUCGAGGCUGGCGGCUUAUCGUUUCCUCUUCCUCGUUUUCUUCUCGAAGUGCUGGCGGAGAUCAGGAUGGAGUUUACCCAGAUGGCGCCUAACUUCUUCCGGUAUUUCUUGGGUUGCUGGGUCCGAGCUUUGGAGGAAGGUCUCGAAUUUUGUCUCGGGGAGUUGAGGCAAUUAUUUGACAUGAAGCGAAACAAUGGCUUCCCUGGCACAAUGAUUCUUGCUCCUCAAGGUGGUCGUGGUAUCAUCGAAGGCAUUCCUAAUAAGGGUGAUCGAUGGAGGGAGAAGUUCUUCGUUUUUAAGAUAAACUCGGCGUCGUUCGGAGACUUCGAUUUCGAGAGGAUCCCUCGGGAAUGGAAGAAGGAGAAAGAGGGGUUGCUUGAUCGUCCUCACGAAUCUUCUGAGGCCGGGUCAUUAGAGCGAGCUCGGAAAGUCCAGCGGGGGCGGGUCUUUAUACCGAGGUCGCAGGUUCAGUCUUCUGGUCUUCUUGCUAGGUCAGUGUCGGUCACUAUUCCAUCUUGUGGAGCUCUUGAGGCACCGGAUACUUCGGUGAGCUUUGCUGGUGAUCGAGCUCUUAAUGACGAGAUCGAUUCGUCGUCUCAUCGAUCUCGACGUCAGGUCUUGGAGGAGAUUAACUCUGUGACUUCGGGAUCGUCGAGCCCGAGACUUUCUCCGCCGUUACGUGCUUCUGGUGAAGGCACUUCGCGGGUUAACCCCGGUGUCCUUCCUUUGAGCGUGCCCGAAGCUUUUUCAUGGUCGUUUGCGUAUGACAGCGAGAUCCCUAUCCUUGAGAACCCCGACUCCCUUGCAGCGAUUUGGUGUAAAGUCAGAGCAGAAGGAUGCGAGCUCCCUUCUUUGGACCACAUGCGAGAGCGCGACGCCUAUGUUCAGAUGGCGGUCGCAAAUGCCAAGGCUAUGGAGGCGAGCAACGAUUAUGCCGCUUUAAUGGAGGGGCGAUUGGCAAAUUUUCCUAGUAAGGAAGAGAUCGUGGGUCACCUUCUCACGAUCCAACAGCUUCGGGGUGAGUUGGAUGCUGCUCGGGAGGCGGAGAGACAGCGCGAAGUGGAGAUUGAGGAAUUGAAGAAGAAGUUGGCGGCUGCUGAGGCCGAAAAGGUCGUUGUUCAGAGCGACCUUGACUCGAUGAAGGAGAAGUAUAGGGGAGAGAUCGAAGGUCGGGAUAGGAAAGCUCGCAAAGAUCUCCAUCUAGCUCGUGUCUCUCUUGCGAAGGAGUACGAGGGGGUUUUGGCUAUGGUCAAGGGUAAGUUGGAGAAGAAGAAGAAAGAAACGGCCGCAGAGAUUCUUUUGCAAGAGACGCGAGCUCGUAUCGAGGCUUUGACCGAGUAUAGUGAGGGCGGCUUCGAGCUCGAGGCGGAGUUGGAGCGUCUUAAAGACCUAGAGGUUUCGGUCGACGUCGAUUACGGUCUUGCUUCGGUGUCAGACCCUUCUCUUGGUCAUCUCGAUCUCCCCGAGAUCUCCGGAGACUCGGUCAACCAGGAUUGA